UUCCUAGCAAGCUAGCUCGUUGAAAAGUUCUACUCUUUGUUUCUUUAAAUAGACUAAUGAAUGAAGCUGCAUAACUCACAGCAACAUUAUCCAAUCCAAUACUAAUACUAUUAAUUGUGAGCCAAAAAAAAUGGGGAGCAAAGAAAUAGUAUUAGGAAAUGUUAAUGAAGAUGCUGAACUUCUCAAAGCCCAUGCAGAGGUAUAUAACCACCUCUUUGCAUACACAGAUACCCUUGCCCUAAGAUCUGCUGUGGAGCUCCACAUUGCAGAUAUCAUACACUCCCAUGGCCAACCAAUGAGCUUAUCCCAAAUAGCCUCGAAACUCGAGUCGCCGUCUCCGGAUGUCACGUGCCUUGCACGUGUCAUGCGAAUGCUCGUUCGAAAGAACAUCUUCACCGUUGAUUGUAAUCAAUCAUCAGGGGAAGAAGUGUUGUAUGGGUUAACCAAUAUCUCUAGGUGGCUCUUACAUGAUCAUGAACUAAGCCUUGCUCCUAUGUUUCUAACAUUCACCCACCCUUGGAUUAUAAAUGCAUGGUAUGAGAUUAGUAGUUCGAUUAAGGAGGGUGGGACCCCUUUUGAGAAGGCUUAUGGUCAGUCUUUUUGGGAGAGGGCUUCUAAGGACCCUGAGUUUAAUAACAUGUUUAAUAUUGGGAUGGCAGCUGCUACUAAACCUACUUUAGAUGCUGUUGUUAAAGGGUAUAAAGAUGGAUUUAGUGGGUUUAAAGGUACUCUUGUUGAUGUUGGGGGUGGAAUUGGAAGGAUGAUUGCCAAAAUUGUUAAGGCUUAUCCUCAUAUUAAAGGAAUUAACUUUGAUCUCCCUCAUGUUGUUGGAACUGCACCACAAUAUCCUGGUGUUACACAUGUUGGUGGUGACAUGUUUAAGGAGAUUCCUACUGCAGAUGCUAUCAUUUUUAAGUCAGUCUUACAUGAUUGGGCCGAUGAGGAGUGUUUGGCGAUCCUAAAAAACUGUAAAAAAGCAUUAUCCCAAGAGAAAGGGAAGGUGAUAAUUGUGGAUGUAAUUCUUCAUGCUGAUGGAAAAGGUUUGUUCGACGACGCAGUCAUAGGUUGUGAUCUUUGGUUGAUGGCAGAUUGUGUUGGUGGAAAAGAGAGGACUGAAGAUGAAUGGAAGAAAUUAUUGAUAGAAGCAGGCUUCACUCACCUCAAAAUCACCCCUCUUCCUACUAUUAUGUCAUUAUCCAUCAUUGAGGCCUUUCCUCAGUGAAUCAACUUCGAACACACUACUUGUUCGUUGUCAUUUGUAAUACUUCCUCCAUUGCAAGUAGAUAAACGGAGGACGUAUAUUAUUAAGUCAGGGUUGUAACUUUGUAAUUGACCCAUCUAUCUCAUGCACUUCUAUGUUGUUUACUUUAUUAAUAUUGUACCAUAUGUUUGAUGGUAAUAUCAUUCGUGCAUGGAAAACUAGAUCUCCUACAAUAAGUUCUUAGAAAAAGUUGCAUAGUCUCCUAAUUCUGUUAGAAAACUAUGUAAUUUAGGUGUUCUAUUUGUAAUAGGAUUUUUUUGCCUAUAGGUUUUUACCUUUCACUUGAAAGGGUUUUUCCUAUUUUAGGCAUUAGUUUAAUCUGUGUUGUUUAAGUUGAUGUUAGGCAUGUGCUUCUCUAGUUAGGCGUGUAAAGGAGUAUUUGUUCUCCAAUUAUCUCUAGUUAGUUAUUUAUGUAAUAAUACUAGUUGUUGAGUUUUGAUCAAGUAGUUCAAUUGAGAAUUA